AUGGAAAUGAGAAGAGAAGUUAGAGUUUUGUUUCUAGUAACGGUGGUGUUGAUCGGCUGCCAGAGUGGGGUUGAUGGAAGGGAUGAGUUUGAGAGGAAAAAUGAGGUUCCAGGGUGGUCCAAUUCUACUUCUACUGAGAGCCAUAGUUUUAUUGAAGAUGUACAACACAAAGGCACAAAUUCUUCAGCAGAAACUUUAGUCCAAACCAAUAUUAAUCUUAGCCAUGCUGGGAAAGGAGGAGGAAAUGGUGGUGGAGGUGGAGGUGGAGGAAGAGGCCACUGUAGUUGUGGUGGUGGGGGGGGUGGGGGUGGUGGUGGUGGUGGAGGUGGUGGAGGUGGAGGUGGAAAUGGAAAUGGUGGAGGAGAAGGUAAACCACACAAGAAAAGAAACCACAAAGGUUACGGAUGGGGUGGAGGCAAUGGAGAAGGUGGUGGGGGUAGGGGUGGCCAAGGUGAAGGAUGGGGUUGGGGAGGAGGUAACGGUGGCGGUGGAAACCAUGGUGGAACAAGAAAAGCAAUUGGAGGGAAAGCUCCCUCUCCUUCUGCAACGCCAGACCAUGCACGUUGA